GUCGCGGUGCUCUCACUUGGCUUCGCGGGAGGGGAGGGAGACGUCGUCGUCGUCGUCGGCGGCGGCGUCGGUUGCGUCUCCACUCCGCAGGAGUCGCAGCCGCAGGCACCGCCGCCUCCCUCCUCUCCGACGAGCUCAGCGCGGCGCCCCCCUCGCCGCGGAAUCCGCUGCUCCUCCCGCUUCCGCACGUCCGCUGGUCCAGUAUAUAAUUGUUUCAGCAAAAGCGAAUCCACCAUGGGUCAAGGUCCUUCCGUGAGCCAUGAGAAUAGCACAAUCGAAUAUGCUGCGGGAUCUAGGAAAGGAUCAAACUCAAAAGUUGAAAAUGCUCAUCGCACUAUCCUUGACUUAGAUGGCUCCAGCUCCACAUCAUUCUUUGGUGUUUAUGAUGGCCAUGGAGGAGCUGAUGUAGCAUUGUAUUGCGCUAAUAACUUCCAUAGAGUGCUGGUAAACGAUGGAGAUUAUAAGGAUAAUUUGGAUGUGGCACUGAAGCGUGCGUUUACCAGAAUGGAUGAGCAAAUGGACCAAAAUGAUGACUGGAGGACAUUGGCUAAUCCUCCUGGUGUUGGUGUCAAAUUGCUAUGUUUUCCGAGCACUCCCCCUCGUGUCCAGGGACCUCCAUACGUGGAAGGGAGCACGGCAUGCGUGGUUCUCAUUAGAGGAAACCAGAUCAUUAUUGGGAAUGUCGGCGACUCUUGUUGUGUACUCUCAAGGGAUGAUGGUCGGCAGGCAAUUGUCUUGUCGACCAAGCACACGCCAGAAGAUAAGGAUGAAAGAAGCAGCAUCGAAAAUGCUGGAGGGCAAAUACUCAGCGUUGGUGGUGCCGAUCUUGUAAAUGGGAUACUUCCCUGGACUAGAGCUAUUGGUAGCUUUCGUUUCAAGCCACCUUCUGCAGGACAUAUUGUGACAUGCACUCCGGACAUUCACAUUGAGGAUAUCACACAUGAUACUGAGUAUCUCCUUGUAGUAAAUUGUGCAUUCUGGGAUACUACUCCUAUCUCCAGUGAGAUGGCUGUCCAGUAUGUGAGGCAGUUAUCCGGGACCUAUAGUGUUGCUAGCAUGUGCGAUAGGCUUCUGAACCUUUGCCGCAGUCCGGUGGACAACUUGACGCUGAUACUGGUUUACUUCAAGCCGAGUGCCAGGCUCCCACGUCCGGCCCCGCCUGCUCCCACCAACUUGUCCGUGAGCGAGCUGCACGUAAGGAGCUCUGAUUGAAGUCUUGAUCGAGUAGGUAGAGAGAGCUCAUGGGUCUGGAAGUUCUGCAGUGCUAUAUGUUUCAUGUCUUGACGUGAUGCCUCUGUGUACGAGAAUGAUGAUAACAUGGCGUAGGUAGGAGUUAUUCAGCUUACACUAAUACUGAUUUCUGCAUGCUUGCUGAGAUCUGUUCAGGAGAUUUUGCCUUGGAGUUGGGUUUUUCACACGCUUUGUUUUCCGCGUUUGACCUGAUACUGUAAAUUCUAAGAAUUCCUCUGUGCUGCAGAGUACUAUGCCUUUCUGAAUCUGAA